AUGCUUCUCAGUAAGAGAACCACUGGUUUACUGCCUACAGUCACCGCACAGCGAUCAUUACCGCCGGAGAUGCAUUUGUUUAGGAAGCGAAGAGACUGGCCUCGCACCAGGUUUUCCUCGAUUUACCGCAUACCGCCGUGGUGUCUCCUAGGGCUUAAUUUAACUCCGGUUCCCCUCACAGAUUAUCCGAGGCAAGUUGCGACGUGA